AUGAAAGUAGCUCUUCUCCUAUUUAUCAUCCUCGCUUUGUUAAAUUGUAAAAGCUAUGGAAAAUCGAAAUUGAAAAAAAAAGGAAAGAAUGGAAAAAAGAAUAUAUCUUUGGGGGGCGACUUCUUGGGGGAUAUUACACCUUUGCCUAAUUCAGUAUACAACCUACAUAUUGAUUUGAACAAAAAUUACGAACUAAGUAGUUUUCUUUUAAACGAAAGCGAACGAAUAAAUGAUACUCUAUUUUUAAUGUAUAAAGAACACUCGAAUACAAUGAAAGAGCUCCAAGAAACGAUGGACCAAAGACAAAAGGCCAUUGACCAGUUAAUUAACGAAAUGAAAGAACUCAAAAUUAAUUUUUUUUCCUAA